AUUAAGAAUUUGAAAAAGAUGGAAUUGAAAUGUUUAGAUCAAUUUACUUCCAGUCUAAUUCUAGCCGCUUUAACUUUAGUGGCCUGUGUGGUACGCGCCGAGUUUCUCAUAUCGGUGCUUUACGAUAUCAUCAAACCUAAAGAAUAUGCGAAUGCCUCCAUAAAUGUUAUAUUGGUACUAAAUGUGGUGGUUUAUUUAAUUUUGGCCAUAUUGUGCAUAUUACUAAUGUAUGCCAUAGUUAAGAGAAACCAUAUGUUAAUGAUGCCCUGGCUAGUUGUUGCCCUAUUAAGUGUUAGCUGUGAAGUGCUAUUUGUCAUUUAUAUUUUGGCCACGGGUCAUAGUAAAUAUGUUUUAUAUUUAUUAAUUGGAACUGCUCUUGGCCUUUGGAUUAUUUGGGUGAUAUUUUCGUUAUUUAAAAGUAUACGCCAUGAAAAUCUUAUGACACGUUCAGAAAAUAUUCGGGGUUUUCGUUUUAACGUUACCAGGGCAAUGGAAAUAUAUUAAAAGUGUGUGAUUUAAAUAAUAAAAUUUUAUAAAAAGACAGAAUUUUCGACCAAAAAUAAAAAUUAGGUUCACAAAUUAUAACGUGCCAUUACAAAGAA